UUGAAAGUCCAAGAAACGCACCCGUUAAACACUCGACAAAAUCCACCCAUCUUUUUCGUCCCUCUUCUUCUCAAAACCUCAGUACUCAUUAAUGUCCUCUCUUUCUUUCUUCUUUCAAUUACCCAACAAUGGAAACUAUACCAAAAACUACAACAACCCUUUUAAUCUUGUUCUUCUUCAUCCUUCUUUCCCAAAUUUCUGCAGAUGACAAAUCCGCCAUGAAUGACUUCCUUAAAGCUUUCACUACUCCUCCUUUUGGGUGGGAUUCUUCCACUGAUUUCUGCACUUGGAAGAAUGUAAACUGUGAUUUUAACAAAAGGGUUACCUCCAUUAAUCUUGCUAAUCAAGGUCUUAGUGCUAGAUUACCACAUUCUUUGAAUACACUUUCUCAACUUACCACACUUUAUCUUCAACAAAAUCAUUUUUCUGGGUCUUUACCUUCUUUAGCUAAUCUUUCUUGUCUUCAGAAUGUUUUCUUGAAUAACAAUAACUUUACUUCUAUAAUGCCUGGCACUUUUUCUGGGUUAACUUCACUUCAAUUUCUUUCUCUUUCUUUAAAUGAAGAUCUUUCUCCAUGGCCAUUUCCUUCUGAAAUUAAAGAUUCUUUUAGUUUGGUUAGUUUUUAUGGGUAUAAUGCGAAAAUGGAAGGGAUGAUUCCAGAUUUUUUUGGGGAUUUUCCUGGGUUGCAGAAUUUAAGACUGAGUUAUAAUAGUUUCAGUGGUUCAUUACCCGCCUCUUUUGAUGGGUCUUCAAUUCAAUCUCUUUGGCUUAAUGAUGCGGGUCUUUCGGGUUCGAUUGAUGUGGUUUCUGAUAUGACCCAAUUAACUCAGGUAUGGCUUCAUGGUAACAAGUUUACUGGACCAAUUCCUGAUUUAUCUAAUUGUACAGAAAUUUUUGAUCUGCAAUUAAGGGAUAAUCAAUUUACUGGUAUUGUUCCAUCUUCCAUUGUUUCUUUACCUAAAUUGCAGAAUGUUACUCUUCAAAAUAAUAAGCUUCAAGGGUCUUUGCCUAAAUUUCCUGAUAAUGUGUCAGUGAAUUUAGGGAAUAGUAGUAAUACAAAUAGUUAUUGCAGGGAUGAUUUUGGUGCUUGUGAUCCUCAGGUUAAUGUUUUGCUAGAAGUUUCUGGUGCUUUAGGUUACCCUAUUAAGUUAGCUGAUUCUUGGAAAGGGAAUGAUGCUUGUAAUCAAUGGAGUUUUGUUAAUUGUGAUAGUAACAAAAAAGUUAUAACUGUUAAUUUCGCAAAGCAAGGGUUUUCGGGUACUAUUUCUCCUGCAUUUGCGAAUUUGACAUCGUUGAUCAAUUUGUUCUUGAAUGAUAAUAACUUGACUGGAACAAUUCCUGAUAGUUUAAUUACCUUGUCUAAGCUUAGAACGAUUAAUGUUACAAGUAAUAACCUUAGUGGGAUACUUCCGAAAUUUAGGCCUGAGGUGAAUUUUCUUACGGAGGGAAAUAAGAAUAUUCGAAAGGUGUUACCACCGCCUGCUAGUUGUCCAGGUGGGUCUAAUUCAUCAGAGUCGGAGUCAAAGUUGGGUGGAGGGUCGAAUGGUUCUUCAGUUUUGGGUGGUAUGGUGACGGGUUUAGUGAUUGCAGCUCUUUUCAUUUUUGUGGUUGUGAUGGUUGUUUCUUAUAAGUGUUAUAUGAAGAAGAGGCAUAGGAAGCUUGAGAAGGUUCAGAAUCAUGAAUCUGGGAAUGAGAUGGUGGAGACUAAUGUAAUAGGGGGCGUUCCAAGUGAGUUGCAGAGUCUAAUUACCGGUUAUCAUGGUAAUUUUCCUGUAUUCCUUCGGCAAGUGACAAACAAUUUUAGUGAGAAUAACAUAUUGGGACGUGGAGGAUCUGCAAUCGUUUACAAAGGAGAACUGCAUGAUGGAACUAAGAUUGCUGUAAAGAGGAUGGUAUCCAACGAAAUGGACACCAAGGGGAUUAAAGCAUUUGAAUCUGAAAUCGGUGUCCUUACUAAUGUAAGACAUAGGCAUUUGGUUGCCCUUCUUGGGUUCUGCGUCAAUGGCAAUGAAAGGCUUUUAGUGUUUGAGUACAUGCCACAGGGACACUUAGGGCAACAUCUGUUUGAGUGGCAAAAGCUUGGAUAUUCUCCUCUAACGUGGAAGCAGAGAGUUAGUAUAGCUUUGGAUGUCGCCAGGGGGGUUGAGUAUCUACACAGCUUGGCACAAUCAAGUUUCAUUCACAGAGAUUUGAAGCCUAGUAACAUCUUGCUAGGAGAUGAUAUGAGGGGCAAGGUUGCGGAUUUCGGUCUAGUGAAAAAUGCACCUGAUGGAAAAUAUUCAAUGCAGAGUCGAGUGGCUGGGACGUUCGGCUACGUUGCUCCUGAGUAUGCUGUUACUGGGAGAGUGACAACUAAAAUUGAUGUCUACGCAUUCGGCAUAAUUUUGAUGGAGCUUAUCACUGGCAGAAAAGCUAUUGAUCAUACACUGCCAGAGGACAGAUCCAUUUUAGAGACAUGGUUCCGUGGAAUCUUGGGCAACAAGGACAACAUCCGAAAGGCAAUUGACGCUAAUCUUGACCUUGAUGAUGAGACUUUCGAGAGCAUUUGCAGGGUUGCGGAGCUGGCAGGUAAUUGCACUGCACCUGAGCCACAUCGACCCGACAUGGGACAUGCUGUACGUGUGUUGGGCCCGCUUAUAGAGCAAUGGAAACCUUCGAGCCAAGAAGGCGAUACUGACAUUGACUUAAACACAAGUCUCCCUCAAGUUUUGCAAAGAUGGCAAGCCAAUGCGAGCACAUCAACAACGAACAGCGAUUAGUCCUUCCAACGAACUCAAGGCAGCAUUCCCUCUAAACCCAACAGAUUCGCAGACUCAUUUGACUCGACAAAACUGUAGGUGACCUCGUGAAAUGUCAGAAACAUGGACAGAUUUUCCAGAGGAUUAAGAGUAAAUACAUCCUGCUAAACUGUUACUGUGUAAAUAUCCUUUUGUAGUUCUAUACUUGCAAGUCUAGUUUAGAACCUAGAAUCCGGAUAAAAUUGCAUAUAUCUGAUAUUUGAAUCUAUCAUAUUCAUUAGGAUUUCUCGAUCAGCAUUGUUGAAUAUUGAUGAAUGGUACUUGAUUAUUGUUGUUUGAGCUAUA